AAUAAGAAGUGUUUAGAAGUGUUAUACUGUUUGCUAUGUUAAUUUGAAGGCAUAAUUAUAUCCCGGCUUUUUAAUAGAUCUUUACGGGUUUUUCACAAGUUUAUAUAAUUUUUAAGAAUUGUGUUGUAAAAAGUUUGUUUAUAACAGUGUUAACAACAAGUGCAAAAAGUGAUUAUCACUUUAUAUUUAAAACAAAAGAGCAUUUGUUGACUUACAAAGAAAAAGCCAAGAAGACACAACACCAUUUCUUACACCGCUUGAAUUUGAAACAUGUAGAGAAAAUCUCUGUCGCGAAGAAUGCCUCACGUAGGCAUAAAGACUGGUUGCUGAAAUUGUUGAAAUAGCAACGUCAACAUUUUUCAUUUCUGUUUUGUGCAAUUAAUGUGACCACAAACUUUCUUACUAAAUUCAAAAUAAUUUCGUAAGAAACCACUGUUGUACCAGCUAGAUGUACCUUUUGAAAAAUUUAAAUAAUUCGCUUUGUGUGGUCAUAACGUUCAUAACAAAAACUGCGCUUAUUGGUGAUUCUGCGCUUAUUUCAUAUUUUCUGGAUAAAGCUGGGAUGCUUUUGUUCACCCGAAAAAACUCCACUUGUCGAACUGGUUUUUAACUUUCUUCGCCGAACUAAGCGAUACACAAAUACUCACUACACCAACGUAAGCUGUACACACAAGUACCAUUGAAAGAAGUCUGGUGUCAAAGCAGAAGCAGUCUUUAGUUAGUCAGCCAGUGAGUUUUAAGGCGACAAAUCAUUUUUAUCUUAAUGUUUGGAAUCUCAGCAGGCAAUAAAACAGGCAGCACCAUAAAAUUGCUUAAUAGCAAACAGUGGAGCAUUUCAAAAUAAGCCAACUAUAAAUAACAACCACUGAAAAAAUGUCUUCGUCGCGUAAUAAAUUCUUUAGUAGCGGCAAAUUAUCAAAUAAGUCUGGUUCGUCAGGUCUCCGCAUACUUUGGAUACCGGGGGGACGUAAAAGCCAUCCCAAAGGUCGUUUCGACUCCACCAACAAACAUGUAUCGCACAAAGGUGAACAAAAGAAAAACGAGGUGUGGUCCCUGGGUGGGAGUAAAAAUCAAAAAGACCUAUUCGAUGCCGAUCCUGACAAUAACCUCUUCGACGGUCCUUCAGUAUCUGGCAUAACGUCAGCUGCUUGUGCCCUCGGCGCUGUGGGUGUGGAGAAAUGUACCAACUCAACAACUACACCAACAAUAUCUAUCUCAACAGCCGAAGGCAGCUUAAGCGCUGAUGCCAAUGUUCAUAACGCAGCACAAAGCCCCAGUAGUACAGCCUCUACAACGCCUCUAGUGUCUAUACCGAACAGCCCCGAUACUGGUGCCACACCGAAAUUAAUUGUUAUUACAACUUCUAGUACAACGGAGAGUGACAAAAGUCCCAGCUCUAGCAGUAUGCCGGCCAAAACUGCGUUUACAACUGUGACCACAACCACAACGGCAGAAAUAAUGGAUGAGAAUCGUUUUUCAAUUCUCGGCAAGGACAUUUCGAACGAGGUCGACGUAUAUGACCUGCCAUCACCACCUAAAAAUGGUCUUAAUACUCCACCACCUGAGGGUGUAACGAGUGUGCUCUUGAAUACAUCGGCUGGUACGACGGCUUCAACAGCGACCACACCGUCGCCGUCUAACACACCUAAACAACAUAGUGAACGAGAUUCUGUGGCUGGUUUGUCCCCCAAAAAGAAGCAUCACCAUAAAAAUGAAAAUAAUAAUCAUCAGAAUGAUAUUGAUUCCAUCGAAAGUAUAUCCGAUAAUACAAAAUUGCCAAGUAACGAUCUUGAAUGGAUUGAUGAGCUACUUCUCGAACGCAAUGGCAAGGAAUUGCUCAGUAAGAAGAACAAGAAAAAGAAAAAGAAGAUCUCAACUACGAAGGAAUUAGACCAACUUGACGGCGUAUCGAGCAAGCAAAACGCCAAAGACGGCGCUGCCGAUGAAGACGAUAAAGUGGUAAAGUGUCUUUACUACACAUUGAUGUGCUGCGAUUGUACAAUCUCUUAAUAGACCACUUAGUCCGGAACAACAGCAAUUAUUUUUAAACAAAAUGUGCAGUUAAGAAACUUUGUAUACAAUGUUUUACAAAAUCAAAAUAUUUAAUUAAACGAGUCUGUCCAGUAUAUAUAUAUAUUUAUAUACAUAUAUACAAUUAAUAAUAUAAAAUGCAAAACGAACUUGCAUUCGCUGAAUUACUUAAGAGAAAUUGCCAAUUGUUAACAUGAAAUAUUCCUGCUGAUUAGAUAGUACGUAAGGUAAAUAUAUAUGCGUUUAAGAGCCCUAUAUUGGAGAAUAAAUACGCUCUUAAUAUUUAUGUAUUUAAUACAAAAUAGUUAUAAGUUAUUGUUAUGUAAUAAAAAACAUUCAUAUGAACGA